UCAGCCUCAGUACAAGAUGAAUUUCAAUCUCCGACAGCGUGUCGUGCCCACUUUGAUCCAUCCAAAAACACUCGACAGCGUCAAGUCCAAGUGCAAUACGUGGCCAACUGUGUAUGAUUUCAAGACGUAAGUUCAAUUGGAUCUAUGUGGGUCUUUGGACAUUACGGAUAUGCUUUGCGCUUCUUGGAACUGGGUACAUUCACCCGGAUGAACAUAUGCAAAAUGGAGAAGUGACCUCUGGCGAUCUCAUGCCUUACCAUACCAUCCGUACUUGGGAAUGGUCCACUGCACUCCCCGUCCGCUCCAUAGUGCCAGCAUUCGCGACAACUGGAAUUCCCCUCUGGUUUGCCAAGUUCUUCAUCGAAAAACACUUGACACAGGGAGUCCAUCCAAUACUACUCUUUCGACUAGAACGGUCCGCCUUCUUGGUUAUAUCUGGGUUGAUCGAUUACAGCUUGGUUCGACCCUUCUCGAAUUCUAUCGAGGCUGUCCUUGUUGCUUUGAGCCUUUUGUUCUUGCGUAAGAUAAGCCGGGUCACGAUGCUGCACAAGAGUUAUUAUCUCCAUCUACUAGCCAUAACCUUCGUGGCUGGUAUAUUCACUCGCCCAACCUUUUUGAUAUUCGGGGCACCCAUCGCAUAUCAAGUCGCACUUGUAACACUUACACAUGCCAGAACUGCAAUCAGGUGGCUACGGCUUGUUGUCCCGCCGUUAUUCACUGCAGUAGGGGUAUGUGCCGCAUUUUUGGUGGCAGACACCCUCUAUUUUCGGGGCACCCCUAACGGUCUCGUGGUGACACCUUUUAAUUUUCUCAUGUAUAAUUUCGCAUCCCAAAAUCUAGCCGAACAUGGACUUCAUCCACGUUGGCUCCACGUUUUCGUGAACCUUCCGAUGCUAUUCGGCCCCUGGGUCACUUGGCUAGUAGUGCGCGUGAUUGUGGACAGCGCGAUAUUGUCUAAUGAGAGAAAUGGGAAAUCAUUUGAAGUUGAUGUCCUUCGUUCGACGAUCAUACAAAUGAUCAUUUUGUCAUUGACAGUCCUUUCUCUGCAACCUCACCAAGAACCUCGUUUCUUGGUGCCUCUUUUACUGCCUAUUAUUGUCUUGGUAGCAAACACUGGACGAUUGGCCCAUGUUGGCAAGGCGUUCUGGGUAUCCUGCUCCAUUUUCAACUUUGUGCUCGCGGUUCUAUUUGGUAUUCUACAUCAAGGAGGCGUAGUACCUUCCUUAUUCCACCUCCAUUCCUUGGUUGCUGAUCCUUCCCUUGGUACGCGGACAAACAUAAUCUACUGGAAGACGUACAUGCCACCGCUCCACCUGCUUGGCGUUAACGACCGAGAUGUUGUAACUGGCUCAGUUUCUUUCAUUGAUCUCGCGGGGGCGUCCCGAGAUGACUUCGCUGCGUCCCUCGAUACUGGUAAUUAUGACAGAACAUUUGUUGUGACCCCCGUAGCCAUGCGAUACACGCUACCCCCUACAAUCACGAGCUGUAUGGAACUAAACCGGACCAUUUUUCCACAUCUCGAUCUUGACCACAUUUCGGAGAGCAUGGAUAUAGGCGUACUUGAUGGCCUUCGUUUAGGGGUGUACACCUUGUCACGUAACUGUAUCUUUGUUUGAAUUAUCGACAGACUUCAGCGAAUUAAUGGAGCAGUAAUGCCGCAAGAGCUAGCCGUUAGUCUCCACCUCUUAUAACCACUCAGCAC